GCCUGCGUUUGCUCUUGGCUGGUAAAAUUAAAUAUUCAUCGUGGCAUGGGAUUGGCUGCUGUGAGAGAAUUGGGCUGUGAGAAGGGAGCAGGUCUGUUUUAAGGCAGGAAGCGCACUCGCGCUCUCACUGCGGAACACUGACGGUGCUGGCAACAACAGCUCAGGAUUUCUGUUUCUCAGUGAGUGCUUUGACAGAUACAAAAAAAUACUCACAGAAACACACACACACGGGCGCGCGUGCACACGCACUGGGAGAUAACGGAGAGACGGAGCCGGCUUACGCCACAGCUGCGUCUGUCGCCGCUGAUGUUUUAGCCCAGAUGGAAGGGAACCAUGAAGGGGAGCAUGUGCUGACGGGUCUGGAUGAGGAGGCCAUUGUUGACCUUGGGAAGACCAGCUCCACCACCCACACCAACUAUGAGAUGGAAGAGCUGGAGAGCCACAGGGCAGUCUACGUCGGGGUCCACGUGCCACUGGGCCGCGAGAACAAACGCAGGCACCACCGCAGAGGACACAAACACCACCGCAAGAGGAGGGAUCGGGAGGAGGAGCGUGAGGACGAGGACCGCGAGGACUCCAGCUAUGACACGCCCUCCCAGCGGGUGCAGUUCAUCCUGGGUACAGAGGAUGAUGAUGUGGAGCACGUCCCCCAUGACCUGUUCACCGAGCUAGACGAGUUGUCCUUCAGAGACGGGAGUGCCACCGAGUGGAAGGAGACCGCCAGGUGGCUGAAGUUUGAGGAAGAUGUGGAGGACGGCGGGGAGCGUUGGAGCAAGCCCUACGUGGCCACCCUGUCUCUACACAGCCUGUUUGAGUUAAGAAGCUGCAUCCUCAAAGGGACUGUUCUGCUGGAUAUGAGAGCCACCUGUAUCGAGGAGAUCGCAGACAUGUUGAUCGACAGCAUGGUGGCGUCCGGCCAACUAGAGGAGGAGCUGCGUCUGAAGGUGCGUGAGGCAAUGCUAAAGAGGCACCAACACCAGAACGAGAGGAAGCUCAGCAACCGCAUCCCACUGGUGCGCUCCAUCGCCGACAUAGGCAAGAAACAUUCCGACCCGCUCUUGCUUGAGAAAAACGGGGAGGGCCUCUCCGCCUCCUGCCACUCCCUGAAGCCGGGGUCCUCCGUCUCCAGCCUGUCCCAGAGGCGUGAGUCGCGGGUCUCCGUCCUCCUCAGCCACCUCCUGCCCUCUUCUUCCUCUACCGGGGGACCCUCUCCAGGACCCUCGCCCUUCGCCACCCCCCACAACACGCCCCCUACUCCCCGCAGAUCCCCAGGCCCUGCCCGCACCCCGGGCCCUCCCUUUGGCCCUGGCCCCUCCCCAGGCCCCCAGGCGAUCCCGGAGGUGGUGGUGUCGCCGCCGGAGGACGACGAGGCACCGAUCACAGCCGCAGCAGGGGACGGCGAGGCGGAUUCGGCUCGGCGACCAUCACUGCAGACUGCCGGGCUCCAGCGGCUGCCCUUAGAAGGGCCACUGGUGUCCACUCACUCUGUCCCCAGCAACCUGGAUGGCAGCAGCAAGGCCGGAGACAGGAGGCCCUCCAAAGUUGGGGUGGACAUGAACUUCAUGAAGAAGAUUCCUCCGGGUGCAGAGGCUUCCAACGUGCUGGUAGGGGAGGUGGACUUCCUGGAGAGGCCCAUCAUUGCCUUUGUCCGCCUGUCCCCUGCUGUCCUCAUCACAGGGCUUACGGAGGUGCCUGUUCCCACCAGGUUUCUGUUUCUGCUGCUGGGUCCACAUGGUAAAGGCCCUCAGUACCACGAGAUCGGCAGAUCUAUGGCCACGCUCAUGACCGAUGAGAUAUUUCAUGAUGUCGCAUACAAGGCCAAAGACCGGACGGAUCUGCUGUCUGGGAUAGAUGAGUUUUUGGACCAAGUGACAGUCCUGCCCCCUGGUGAAUGGGACCCCACGAUACGAAUCGAGCCACCGAAGAAUGUCCCAUCGCAGAUGAAGAGGAAGAUGCCCUCCCAGGUCAACGGGUCAUCUUCGCCCACUGGGGACACAUUAAAGGAGGAUGAGGAAGGCCAUGGAGCAGGGCCCGAGCUGCAGAGGACUGGGCGGAUCUUCGGAGGCCUGGUGAUGGACAUCAAGCGGAAGGUCCCAUUCUACUGGAGCGACAUCCGAGACUCGUUGAACCUGCAAUGCCUGGCCUCCGUCCUGUUUCUGUACUGUGCCUGCAUGUCCCCGGUAAUCACCUUCGGCGGGCUUUUGGGCGAGGCCACCAAGGGUAACAUAAGUGCCAUAGAGUCUCUGUUUGGGGCAUCGCUCACCGGCGUAGCUUUCUCUCUGUUUGCGGGGCAGCCCCUGACCAUUCUGGGCAGCACGGGGCCUGUCCUGGUUUUCGAGAAGAUCCUCUUUAAGUUCUGCAAGGACUACGGCCUGUCAUACUUGUCUCUGAGGACUAGCAUUGGCCUGUGGACGGCGUUCCUCUGUCUGGUCCUGGUUGCCACCGAUGCCAGCUCCCUGGUCUGUUACAUCACCCGCUUCACAGAGGAGGCCUUCGCCGCACUCAUCUGCAUCAUCUUUAUCUAUGAGGCCCUGGAGAAGCUCUUCCACCUGGGGGAGUACUACCCGGUCAACAUGCACAAUGAGCUCGACAACCUCACCUUCUACACGUGCCAGUGUUCUGCACCAGCCAACGCCUCUGCUCAGAUCUUACAAACGUGGAACGAGACAGGACACACACAGGACUCAAUCUCCUGGAACAGCCUAAAUGUGUCGAUGUGUAACCUGCUCCACGGAGAGUUUACCGGAUCUGCAUGCGGUCACCGUGGCCCUUACAUCCCAGACGUCCUCUUCUGGUCCAUCAUCCUCUUCUUCACUACCUUUUUUCUCUCCUCCUUCCUCAAGGAGAUCAAGACUGAACGCUACUUCCCUACAAAGGUGCGCUCCACCAUCAGCGACUUUGCUGUUUUCCUGACCAUCAUGAUCAUGGUGCUGGUGGACUAUCUCAUGGGCAUCCCUUCUCCUAAACUCAAUGUACCUGACCGUUUUGAGCCUACUUCUAAACAUCGCGGCUGGCUAAUCUCGCCGCUGGGCACCAACCCCUGGUGGACCAUGCUGGUGGCAGCGCUGCCUGCUCUGCUUUGCACCAUCCUAAUUUUCAUGGACCAGCAGAUCACGGCCGUCAUCAUCAACCGUAAGGAGCACAAGCUCAAGAAAGGCGGUGGCUAUCACCUGGACCUGCUGGUAGUAGCGGUGAUGCUGGGGGUGUGCUCCAUCAUGGGCCUGCCAUGGUUCGUAGCAGCCACCGUGCUCUCCAUCUCCCACGUCAACAGCCUGAAGGUGGAAUCGGGCUGCUCGGCCCCUGGGGAACAGCCCAAAUUUCUGGGCAUCAGAGAGCAGAGGGUCACCGGCUUCAUGAUCUUUGUCCUCAUGGGCUGCUCCGUCUUCAUGACCUCAGCGCUCAAGUUCAUUCCUAUGCCAGUGCUGUAUGGGGUCUUCCUUUACAUGGGUGCCUCUUCACUUAAAGGCAUUCAGUUCUUUGACCGUAUCAAGUUGUUUGGAAUGCCAGCCAAGCACCAGCCUGACCUGAUCUACCUGCGCUACGUUCCCCUGUGGAAGGUUCAUGUGUUCACCCUGGUGCAGCUCAGCUGCCUCGUACUGCUGUGGGUCAUCAAGGCCUCCGCAGCCGCCGUCGUGUUCCCUAUGAUGGUGCUGGCCCUUGUUUUCAUUCGGAAGCUUCUAGACUUGUUCUUCACUGAGAGGGAGCUCAGCUAUCUGGAUGACUUGAUGCCAGAGAGCAAGAAGAAGAAGGAAGAUGACAAGAAGAAAAAGGAGAAGGAGAAGCGGGAGGCCUGUGCUUUACUGCACACAGUGGAAGAGGUGGGCAUGAACGCUGUGAAGGUCCAAUAUGACGGCGGGAACUUGCUGAAGAUUCCCGUCAAAACUCUUUCAGGGAGAUCAUACAGAAUAAUCGCUCGUGCCCUUCCAACGGAUGAGGAGGUGGUAGUGCCAGGAGAAGGUGGCCUGUGUAAGAGUCAACAUGGACACCUCUGAAGCAGUAGAGACAGCCUUGUGAUGGAGGAGAUCCUGUCCUACCCCCCCUUCCCCUUAAGCACACAGAGGGCCAGCUGAAUACAGUAAGCAAGGUGAGAGGGUGAGCCAAGACUGGAGCAGGUCAGUUGUGCUGGUCUUUUGGAAAGCCUCUCGUGCAAUUCUACUUGGACAGCAGUUGACAUCCACUGGCCUUCACCAACCCAGUUUAGUUUUGGUGAUCCUGAAAGCCCCCUAAAGUGCACAGAGGACUGACUUCUGCGGUGGCCCAGUACAUAGGUGGGAAACUUACCAACCUUACCGACAUUUCUCACUGACCCUCACCUUUUUGGGUCAGAACUCCAUGUCAACCAAUCAUUAACCUCGCACUGCCACCCAAUGCCAAAGGACAGGGCCACCACCACCACGCUAAUGCCGAAUCUUUUUCGAUUGUCACAUAUGCAUGAAUUUAGGUCAUUUAAAAAGUUGUAUUUUCUCAUGCAAAUGUUUUUGCAAUAUUUUAUUACAAUUUAAGAGAUUUACAUUUACAACCUGUGGUUUGAAACAGCGCAAUUCAGAUCUGUGACUACAUUUUUUCCUUAAAAUAAAGAAUAAUAAUAUAUAUUUACAACAUUUACUAUACAGUACAUAAAACAUCUAAACCAGCCAAACCAGCUACACCAGCUCAAAUCACUAAAGCCAUGAUUCAGGUUAUUUUGAUUUUAUCAGUUUCUACAUGUUAGAUGAAUACUGGACUGCUAAUGAAAAUGAUCGAACACCAAGAGAAGAAUGUACACAUUAUAACUCCAAUCCCCUAUAAUCUGUCUUGAUUGUCAAAGAGACCUAAAAUGUUGACAGAAAGGUUGGAGUGGCAAGAUCUUUUCACUGUACUGUAUUGUAUUGUACUUUAUACUCCAGUAAGCUGUAAUCUCUGUAUUGAUAUCGUUGCCCAAAUCAAGUUGUUCAGCUGGAGAAGGUGUUUUAAGUGUAUGUCACUGUUAUGGUGUUUCAGUGGUUUUUAUGUUGUACGUUUUAAUGGACAAUUCUGUAAGGCCAUAUUAAUUGAAGGCAUCGGUAUAAUGGCUGUAUUACUUUAGAUUUGUUAGGUAGUAGCAAGUAGUACAUAGGUUAACAUUUUGUUAGAUAUGAAAGAACAUAUGAAGAACUCUUGCUAAAAGAUCAAUCAGCAUAAUUUCUGAUUGUGGAAGUGCUUUACAGUCAUUAUCGAUGUUGGUCACUACUUAUCCAGUCAGAUUUAUGAGAAUAGUAAUGAAUAGACCUAUUCUGUUUCUGCUCAUUCAACUCUCACAGUAUUGUACCAUUUUAUGCUGCUGAUGUUUUGAUACAGCACUACCUGUUAAAUGUAUCGGUAACUUAAGUGUUUGAAAAUGGAUUUGUUGAAACAGUAACAUUUGUUGUAAUUUCAUAGUUAUUGUUCGCUUCGCACACAUGCUCCUUUUUUAGCAAUAAUAGAGAAGUGCAAUGCAAAUAUCUACAGUGAUAGCUCUUUUUAGCAUUCUAAGAAGUGUUAGGGCAAAACAAAUAAUGUGCACCCUACUGGGUCCCAAAGACAACACUGGGCUAAGGGGAGUUUGACAAACCCAUCUGCUCUUGAUUAUAUUAAUGUUUAGCUGACGACAGACAAUGGCUUACGUGCCUUGUGGAUGCUAUUUGUGUGUCUCUUCAUAUUGUAAACAUGUAGUAUUAAUGUCUAAGUAGGACACAAACGGCCUAGAAUGCCAAAGAAAGACGAGGAAACUAGGAUGGCGUAUCAUCCGGCUCAUAUUUGUUGAAACUGAAGUUAAAUAUGAAAAUAGUUGUGAUCUGAAUGUUUUUGUCAAAGUCAUAUCUUCCUCGACCAAAUUGACAGGUGAACUGAGUUGCAUUCGGUUUGCUACGUUCCUGAACUAUUUGUUCUCACACAACAUUAUUGAAAGGAUUUGAAUGUACAUUUAGUCAUGUUUCAUUGUUUUUUGGCAAGGUGUUGCUUACCUUACGUAUGUGAAAGACAAUGGCCAUGUUUAACCCACAAGAAACCUCUUCUACAUUCUGGUAGGCUUUGGAACAUAAAAAUUAACAGAACGCAACAUAGAUGUUACGUUAUAAAUAUUAAUUAAAUAGUACUUCUUCUAUCCUACCCAUUUUCAGUAAAUACAUGAACUGUACUGUAUGUCUUGUACAUCACAGAUCUACUGUUUGUUAAAAAUGGUUCGAAUUGUAAUGUGCUGUAGUCAAUGUUUCAUGUGAUAUUCUGAAUUAAUUUUGUUAAAUGCAUUAGUGAUUAUUCACCAAAUUAAUGUUAACACAUAACACGGGAAAAUUAAAGAAAUCUAUUAUAU